UUCACUCUUUCCCUACUUAUUCUCACAUCAUACACAAACAAACAUAAGGGUUUCAUUUGAUCACAGUUUUGGAACCAUGGACCCUGAUGUUGUCGAAAUUCCUCCUUCAAUGUUCCAACAUACUCCUAGGUUCAAAAAACAGAAACAGUCCAUUGUCCAUGAUGUUAUUGACAUUGUCGACGAUGAGAAUGACGAUGAUGAUUUGAUGAUACUUGGUGAAAUAACUCGUAAACGUAAGGGGAAGGCACCUGAAGCUCUUCAUGAGGGUUAUGGUGAUAAUCAUCACAUUGCGGACGGAUCAUUGCAUCCUUCUGGAGUAGAAUCAGGAUACCGUUGGUCGAAGAGUUCUUAUCGUUUCGUUGCCACUCCUAAGCAUGUGCAUGGUUCCACUAGUGCUCUCAAAUAUGCAAGUGAUGUACAUGAUGGAGCAGCUGUUGUUCUCCCACAAUUGACGAUAAUUGAUGAAGCUGAAAAUGAAACUCUGAGGAAACUUCAAAGUUUUAAGCAAUUUGAUACUGUCAUUGACAUUUCAGAUCAUCACUUUAUUAAUCAUAAUUCCUCCACAAAGCAGAAUCCAAAGAGUUGGGCUAAAAAAAUCCAGGAAGAGUGGAAGAUUUUGGAGAAGCAUUUGCCGGAUACAAUAUUUGUGAGAGUCUACGAAUCAAGGAUGGAUCUCAUGAGGGCUGUGAUUAUUGGAGCAGAAGGGACUCCUUACCACGACGGUCUUUUCUUUUUUGAUAUUUUCUUUCCCAGUGACUAUCCCAAUGUACCCCCGAAUGUCCAUUACCACUCUGGAGGUCUUCGGAUCAACCCGAAUUUGUAUAAAUGUGGCAAAGUAUGUCUGAGUCUACUUAACACCUGGCAUGGCAGCACGAAAGAGAAAUGGACUAAAGGUGUUUCAACAAUGCUACAAGUUCUAGUCUCCAUACAAGGGCUAAUCUUGAACACACAGCCUUACUUCAAUGAACCUGGAUGGGCAUCUAUGAAGGGUACACCAAACGGUGAAAAGCAGGCACGGCAGUAUAAUGAAAAUACAUUCAUUCUAUCGUUGAGGACAAUGAUGUAUACGAUAAGAAAGCCUCCAAAGAAUUUUGAAGACUUAGUUGCCGGGCAUUUCUACAGCCGAGCGCAUGAUAUUCUGAAGUCAUGUAUAGCAUACAAAAAAGGUGUUCAAGUUGGUUGUUCGGUCAAAGGUGGGGUUCAAGAUGUUGAUGGGAGUAAAGGAAAAAAAUGCUCAGCUAAAUUUAAGUCUGGUUUGGUUGAAUGCAUGCCUUCUCUUAUCAAAGAGUUUGAAAAUGUUGGAGUUAAGGACUGUGAGAAAAUCGAAAAUGUUGGAGUUAAGGACUGUGAGAAAAUCACAUCUCGGGUACGGCGCAGUACCACCAGCAAAAAGUGAUUUUGCUUAACUACAUGAAUGUGAUCAUAGUGUGAUCAUAUAACAUUCUUUCUCAAAACUCAAUGGUGAGUGAGACUGAUGAUACUAAUUACAUCAACAACAUGUUGGUUUUGGUUUUUCUUUUAUCAUCUCUUGUUUCUUGCACUAAAAGAAAAGCAAGCAAAUCUAGUUUUUAUUUUUCAUUUUUAUUUGUAAUUACAGAAAUUUUAUGCUAAUUUUUACUUUGUUUCGUUCUUUUUUGUUACAAAGUUAGAGUCACCCCUGUUAGUUGGUGUUCAUUGUACAACCACAAAAACGGAAAAGCAUUGGAAAAGAAAAAAAAAAUACUGAAUAAUUUAUCAUUU